CGCGCGCCCUCGCAGCGAGAUCACGCGCCCGACGCCCGCGGUGACACACGACGUGCGCGAUAUCGGUCUCGAUCAGUCAGUGGGCAGUGAUAAGCAUCGAUCGAGCUUAUGAAUUAGACAAACAGCGGGGCGCAGUGUGUAGUGAGCGUGCGUGCAGUGCAGUGGCGCAGCAUGAGCGGCGCGCGGUGACGCGGCGCGGGCAUGGCGCGCGCGCGGCUGCUGGCGUGCGCGGCGGCGGCGGCGGCGCUGGUGUGGGUGGCGGGCGGCGCGUGCCCGGCGCGCGCGCCCGCGGGCUGCGCGUGCGGCGAGGGCGGCGCGCGCCUCGACUGCCGCUCCGCCGCGCUGCGCCGCCUGCCGCCGCUGCACGAGAACCUGCUCUCACUGGAUGUGUCCAACAACAACAUCAGCACGCUGCCGCGCGACGCGCUGCUGCCGGCGGCGGGGCUGCGCGAGCUGAACCUGUCGUCCAACCGGCUGGAGUCGGUGUCGGCGGGCGCGCUGGGGGGCGCGGCGCUGGCGCGGCUGUGGCUGGACCGCUGCGCGCUGCGCCGCCUGCCCGGCCACGCGCUGCGCGACCUGCACCACCUGCACUUCCUGUCGGCGGAAGACAACUACAUCGCGGAGCUGGAGGCGGGCGCGCUGUGGGGCUGCCGCGCGCUGCGCUCGCUGCGGCUGGCGCGCAACCUGCUGCGCGCGCUGCCCACGCACGCGCUGGCGCCGCUGCGGCACCUGCAGACCCUGAACCUGGCCGGCAACCUGAUCACCGAGCUGAGCGACACGGCGCUGCCGCCGCUGCCGGCGCUACAUACGCUGGUGCUGAAGCGCAACCGCAUCGCGUACAUUGAGGAGCACGCCUUCACCAACACGCCGGGGCUCCGAGUGCUGCGGCUGGAGGAGAACUUGCUGUCGGAGGUGCCGGCGGCGCUGCGUCUUCUGCCGCUGCUGGAAGACCUGUCGCUGGCCAGCAACCGCGUGGAGGAGGUGGCGCCGGGCGUGCUGCAGGCGUGCCGGCGCCUGGCGCGGCUGGACCUGCGCGCCAACCCGCUGCCGCGCCUGCAUGCGCGCGCGCUCGAUCAUCUGCCGCACCUCACCACGCUGGUGGUGUCGGAGGCGCGCGCGCUGCAGGCGCUGCCGACGCUGAACGGCACUAUGCGCCUGCGCACGCUGCGCCUCGACCGCGCGCGCCUCACCGAGCUGCCCGCCGCGCUCUGCACGCAUGCGCCGCAGCUGCGCUCGCUGGACCUGAAGCUGAACAUGCUGCGGCGCGUGCCCGAGCUGCAGGGCUGCGGCGAGCUGCGCGUGCUGGACCUGUCGGGCAACGAGAUCUCCGCGCUGGACGGCGGCUCGCUGCGCGGCCUGCGGCGCCUGCACGACCUGCUGCUGGCCCGCAACCGCCUGCGCCGCGUGCCGGCCGACGCCUUCACGCACACUCCCGACCUGCAAGUGCUCAACCUGGAGGACAACAUGAUUGACCACAUCGACAUGGAGGCCUUCGUGCCUGUCUCCAAGCUCGAGGACCUGAAUGUGGGCAACAACCAGUUCUCGUGGCUGCCGGGCAGCGGCCUGCAGCGCCUGCUGCACCUCAAGGCACACAACAACCCCAACCUGCGCCGCUUCCACCCGCCCGACGUGCUGCCGCGCAUCCAGACGCUGGUGCUGUCGUACGCGUACCACUGCUGCGAGUUCAUGCCGCUGAUGGAGGAGGCAGAGUCCGAGCCGGCGGCGGAGUCCCCGUCCGACCUGGUCAUCCUGCCGCCGCAGCACAUCGACCCGGCAGCCUGGGCCAACGCCACCGACAUCUGGGCGCACUACCUGAACGUAUCGGAGCUGGGCGGCGCAGGGCUGCAGGCGGCGCUGGACGGCUGGGCGGGUGCCGGCGCCGUGGAGCUGGGCGAGCGCGAGCUGCCGCGCCGCGUGCACUGCCUGCCGCUGCCAGGUGCGCCCGGACUCUCGUCCCGUUCGUACGGCAGGACCCUUGCCCCGUUCGUACGGCAGGACCCUUGCCCCGUUCGUACGGCAGGACCCUCGCGCCGUUCGUACGACAGUACCCUCGCCCCGUUCGUACGGCAGGACCCUCGCCCCGUUCGUACGGCAGGACCCUUGCCCCGUUCGUACGGCAGGACCCUUGCCCCGUUCGUACGGCAGGACCCUCGCGCCGUUCGUACGACAGGAUCCUCGCCCCGUCCUUUCCUGCCGUGUGUGGACUUGUUCGACUGGUGGACGCUGCGUUGCGGCGUGUGGGCCGUGUUCCUGCUGGCCCUGCUCGGCAACGGCACCGUCGUUUUCGUCCUCGUCUGCAGCCGCAGUCGCAUUGAUGUGCCGCGGUUCCUGGUCACCAACCUCGCCGCUGCCGACUUCUUCAUGGGCAUCUACCUGGGGUUCCUGGCAGUAGUAGACGCGGGUACGCUGGGCGAGUUCCGCGCACACGCCAUCGCCUGGCAGAUGUCGGGCGGGUGCAAGCUGGCCGGCUUCCUGGGCGUGCUGUCGUCCGAGCUGUCGGUGUUCACGCUGGCCGUCAUCACGUUGGAGCGCAACUACGCCAUCACGCACGCCAUGCACCUCAACAAGCGCCUGUCCCUGCGACACGCCGCGGCCGUCAUGGCGGCCGGCUGGGCCUUCUCUCUCACUGCCGCCACGCUGCCACUGCUGGGCGUGUCCGAUUACCGCAAGUUCGCGGUGUGCUUGCCCUUCGAGACGUCCACUCCCGUGGCACUAGGCUACGUGGUGACGCUGCUCGUCAUCAACGGCGUGGCCUUCCUGGUGCUGCUGGGCUGCUAUCUCAAGAUGUACUGCGCCAUUCGCGGCUCUCAGGCCUGGAAUUCCAACGACUCCAGAAUCGCCAAGCGCAUGGCGUUACUCGUCUUCACAGACUUCUUGUGCUGGUCACCCAUUGCCUUCUUCGCGCUCACAGCGGCUUUCGGCGCGCAGCUCGUGUCUCUGGAGGAAGCCAAGGUGUUCACGGUGUUCGUGCUACCGCUCAAUUCCUGCUGCAAUCCAUUCUUGUACGCCAUACUCACCAAGCAGUUCAAGAAAGACUGCGCACUCGUGUGCAAAGCCAUCGAGGAGUCUCGCGUGACGCGCGGCAUCGGGCGCUGCCGGCACUCGUCCAACUUUAGCAACCGCCAGACCCCGGCCAACACCAACAGCCUGGCCGAGCGCUCGUCGCGCGGCCAGCACGGCGCCACCUGCGCCUGCCGCCGCCUGCUGCCCGGCGCCGAGCGCGCGCGCGCCCCCGCGCCCCGCGAACGCCUGCUGGCCUGGCUGCGUGCCUGCGGGCGCCGCGCCGCGCCCGCGCCCGCCCCCGCGCCGCGCCCCGCCACCGCGCCCGCCCGCGCCGGCUCGGUGUCGUCGUCAGUGGAGUUCUCGUCGUCGCGGUCGGACUCGUGGCGCGCGUACGGCCGGCCGCCGCCGCCGCCGCCCGCGCUGCCUCGUGGCUGGUGGCGCGCAAGACCUCGCAGGACUCCAACCUGUCGUCGUCGCGGAACGACUCGUCGGGGUCCAACGCGACCGCGUCCACGGGCACGUGGCGCACGUCGCGGUCGGGCGGCAGCGCGGCGGCCGGGCCGGCGGCGCCGCGGCCGCGCCUGA